AGAAAGACAACGGCUAAAAGUAGGAGUACAACCGAUCAGCUGGCCCAGUUUAGGCUUGCAAGCCAUUGGGGAAGCUUCUUGGGCCUUGUCGACUAGGUCCUUGAGCUGGAGUUGUAGCGGCUACGCUGUUGUCGACAACGCUACAUUAGGUACAAUAGCUUGUUUUCUCCUUCAGUGUUAGUGUCCAAACAGGUCGUUGACAUAGUAGACAGUUCAAAAGUCAUCGUGCUAAAUCCCAAUAGGACCAGCGCACCAGAACAACAAACUCAGAAGAACACCUAAAAAUGAAGCAGAAGCCUCCCCACCAGCAAAAACACACGAGUCGGAUCGGCGACGACACCGGCAGGAGGCGGGAAAACCCUAGAUGAGUAGCUUGUGUGGGAGAGGAGUUGUAAACGUGACGUUCUCUCCCCGACAUUUCCUUUAUGCCGAAUAUAGCAAUGCUAUGUCGACAGAGCAGAAACCGGUUCCUGUUAUUUUCUUGAAUCGAUUCGUGUUAAUUCCAGGCGCCAUAGGAAUAAGAUGCAUGGACUGUGCGUGCCGACCUGGUAGGGCACGUGUCCACCGUCGGUCCACAUUCAUGUACGCCUGAGCUGAGGCCCCCAAGCUUCAAAUCAUAUAGUAAUACACAUACGGCGGCCCCACAUACGGCUACCGUAGAAUGUAAACCGGCCCUAUAAAUUCGGACCGGCCGGCCGGCCUGGUAGUAACGACGAACCAACAAGACAACUACUGUAGAACACAAGAAAGAAACCUGUAGCACCGAGCUAGGCGAAGGUCGAUCGAGAUAGAUGCAGGGCGGGGAGAGCGCGGCGGGCGCGGCCAAGGAGGCGGGGGCGAACCUGGGCGCGUCGGCGUGGGCGGGCAAGGAGAAGACCAUGGCCGCGGUGCAGGAGCAGGUGGAGAAGGCCAAGGCGCACGACGACCCGGCGGCCCAGGCGGAGGCGGAGGCCAGGAAGGAGGAGCGGGUCAUCGAGGUGGAGGCCGCCAAGCAGGACGCCUACCGCCACAACGCCGCCGUCGCCAAGGACGGCCGCGCCGCCGCCGUCGUCAAGGAUGAGAAGGAGGCGGCCGCCGACGACGAGGAGGAGGCCGUAGUCUCCGCCUGACGACUCCUCCGGAAAACCUCCUUCUCCAGUGUUUUCAUUUGUUCGACCGACUGUAUGUAUUGUAUUGUAUUGUUUGGCGUGCUGACGUGCAUUUGGAAUUGUUGUUGUGAGAAGAGUUGUUGUUAUUGGA